UAGCCAUAGCUACAGCUUAUGGUAAGCCUAUAUAUUGGCUAGCUAAUGCUAGCUAGCUAAAUGCCUAGGCCAUAAUAAUUAUUAUCGUCGGUUUUUACUCAGGUCAUGGAUAGUGAUAAAUUCAAAAGCGAAGAUGAUAUCGUGAGCUUGGAAGCUAGCACUGACAGCUUCUGGGAUAUUGGAAACUUUCGGAGAGUCAUUAAAAGAAUAGAAAAUGGUGCUCGGUUGUGCAGUGAUCUUGCAAAAAUGGCUCAAGAAAGAAUAGAUAUUGAGGCGAAGUAUGCCCGAGGACUGCAGCAAUGGUCAAAGAAGUGGGAAGACGUUAUUAGCAACGGUCCUGAGUAUGGCUCAUUGGAAAGUGGAUGGAAAGCCAGCUUGAAGGAGGCCAUAGAAGUAGCAGACAUUCACAACGCUAUGAGCAAAGUGGUACAGCGUGAGGUUGUUGAUACUGUUCAGGUGUGGAAAGCAGACACUUUUCGUAAGUCGAUUCGAGGUUUGAAAGAAGUCAAGAGAGCUGAAGAGAGUUUUACACUUGGGCAGAAGCCGUGGAUUAAAAGAUUGGAGAAGAUAAAUCGUGCCAAGAAGACAUAUUUUCAGAGUGCUCAUGAUUUGGAAGUCUUACAGAAUAAGCUCCACAUAGCUGAGACAAGCUCCGAAGUAUCUCCAGAGCAAUGUGCUAAAACUAGAGACAAGUGUGAGCGUGCUGAGUGUGUGUUUGACAGAGCACUGGAAAAGUACAAGACCAAGCUACAAGAUCUACAGAGCUACCAACCGAGAUACAUUGAUGACCUCACAAUAGAAUUUGAUCGGUGUCAAGAAGCUGAACAUGUCCGAAUGGAAUUUUUCAAGAAAACACUAUACAAGCUAAAGAAUGCUCUGGAUAUUAGCAAAAAUGCACGUGUGCCUGCAGUUUAUGCUCAGCAAGAGGCAGAAUUAUCACACAUAUCUCCUGAAGAUGACUUGCGAUUUUAUGCACUCACAUUUGGAACCGGAAUGAGCCACAAUUGGCCUGAAUUUGAGCUGUAUGCUAGUGGGAAAACUUCUAAACUGAACAGCGUGCAAAAGAAUUCACCUGCACUUCGAGAAAAUGGGAAAACUACACCAAGCACUGGUGCAUCAAGCAUGCAAUCUCACCAUCUGGAGCUUAGUAACCAGGCUGGAAGCAGCACUUCAAGUAGUCCAGGAUUAACCUGUAAAUCUGUUAACCUCGAAGCUGGUUAUGUCAGUGGUGAUGAAGAAGAAUGGAUGGAACCUCCACUAUCGAAGGAAUCGGUGGCCGGGCGCAGUGUGAGGAGAACCAGUCCUAAUGAGCCACAGGGACAACUGAUGAGAGCUGUUUAUGACUACUCUGGGAGCGAGAAAGAAGAUAUUAGUUUCAAGGAAGGAGACAUUAUUCGUGUUGUGUAUGAAGGAGAAAAUGGAUGGGCGGAGGGAAUAAUGGCGGAUAAGUAUGGUUAUGUUCCCAUUGGCUAUCUCGAACCGGUUUCAAACAAUUAGUUGAACUGAUACAAUUAUUUUAAUAUUGUGUACAUGUACAAACGCAGAUUGAACUAACUCUUAUAGUAUCGCUUUUUCAUUGUUCUAUAUUUCUUAAGUUUAUAUAGUGCUUCAAUCUCGCUCAAAACGAAA